AUGGAGAGAAGUAAAGAUCAAAUUAUCGAGGAUCUCAACAAGCAUGGACUCACUAAGAAAAACAAACCUCUAAUUACUAAUUUAAUGCUCAAUGGCCCUCCUCACAAAGACCGAAAGCUCGUAGUUUUAAUUUAGAUUUGAUUAGAAACAUCAGGAGCCAGACUUCAAAUGAAAACCAAUCCAAAUUAUUAUUCUGCUAUUGUAGAGGACAAGCUGAAAAUUAAAACUGAAUUCUCGCAGCAAAUUGAUAGGGAUCUUCACCGAACUUUUCCAGCUGAAAGCUACUUUGUUGAGGAAAAACAUUUAACUUCACUUACUGUCUUCACUAAUGAGAAUUAUCUGCAUUUUAAUCAUGCUUUUAAUUAAUUGAAUUGUAGUAAAAGCUAUUUCCUUUAUUUUUUUAAUUAAAUAAAAAAUAAGGCCAUUGGCAUAAAAGAGCUAGAAAAAUUUUAGUAGCUUACUCAUGAAGAAAUCCUACAGUAGGCUACUGCCAAGGAUUGAAUUUUCUUGUUGGAAGACUCUUAACAGUUGGCUUCUCAGAAGAAGUAAUUUAUAUUCAGGAAUGUUUUUGGCUGUUAGCCCAAAUAAUUGAGGCUUAUUUACCAAAUGAUUACUUCUCGGUAAUGACUGGCGUUAUAAUCGACCAGCAAGUUUUCCAAGUUUUACUAAAAAAUAAGCUUCCAAAGAUGGCAAAACAUUUAUCAAGCAUCGGCAUUGACGCCUCGCUCUAUACAGUCCACUGACUCGUUUGCAUGUUUGCCUAUACCUUCCCGAAAAAUGUAGUCAUGCGGAUUUGGGACAUUUUCUUUAUAGAAGGCUCAGUUUUCCUAUUCAAAAUAGGGCUGAGUUUAAUGUGAAUAUUCAGAAAAGAAAUUACAAAAAUCACUGACUUUAAUGAAGCCUUUAGAUUUUUGGAGUUCCAGUCACAAAAUAUCGCUGACCCUGACAUAAUUUUGGGUUUGGCAAUAAGUAUGAAGAGCAUUAACUCCAAAACUAUCGAUAAAUUAAGAGAAAAAUUAAGAAUUCAGAGCCAAGAUGAGACAACUUGUAAUGAUAGUGUUUCUACUGAGGAUUCUGCAAAAUCAUAUACUGAAAUUUGCACAGACGAGUCGGAAUGUGAGCUUAAAUCAAAACAAGAAUGCUCCUAUUUUACAUUUCGCUCUACAAGUGGUGUUUCUAUUAUUGAUGAAUAUAUAAAUGACAGCAAUGUUCCAAAGGUGGUGGAUUUAGCAAAUACGAUAGAUAAUGAUAAAAACUUGGUGAUUGGAUGCAAAAAUCAUGCAUGUCCAAUCAAGCAAAGCUCUUCAGUCAUUCGUGGAGAUAUUGAAGAAGCUUAUAAUGGAUUAAGAAAUGAUCAAAAUGAAAUCAGCUAA